AUGGAGAAGCGAGGGGAGGGCGAGCCGCUCUCCCACCCCCUGGAGCCCGAGCCCGAGCCGCAGCCGGCGCCGCCGGGGGAGAAGCGCUUCAGGUUGUGGUACGUGGGCUCGUCGUGCCUGGAUAGGCGGACCACGCUGCCCAUGCUGCCAUGGCUGGUGGCCGAGAUCCGCCGCCGCGGCCAGCGGCAGGAGCCCUGCGGCGCCCCGGGCAGCGGGGUGCCGGCCCGCGAGGUGCUGCUGCUGCUGGGCUCGCCCACGCUGCGCUGCGUCCACGACCUCACCUACUUCGCCUACCUGAUCAAGGCGCAGCCCGACAACCCUGACUCCCCUAUGGCCUGCCACGUCUUCCGGGCCACCGACCCCAACCAGGCGAGUGGGGGUAGGGGGCGGGGGCGCUCCCCGGGAUCUCCCCGCUUGGCUCCUCUCCUCUCCUGGCCGGACGGGACCCCAGGCGCUCCGCAGCCGUGGAGGGGCCGGUGUGCCCGGGCGGGGCAGGGUGCUGCUUGCGGGGCGCUGCGGGACCGCAACCUCCGCACGCCCACCCGGGGCGCGGGGGAGCCCGCCCGGGGCCGGCCGUGCCCGCCGGACUCGUCCCGGUGUGCCCCUCCAGCUCAGGCGGCUGCAGCGCCCUUGGGUUCCGCGGAAAGAGGGGGUGGUGGGGACACAGAGCCCUGCCUGGCCAUGGGGUGCAUUGCCAGCCCCUGCCAGGCCGGGGUAUCAGCCUCUGCGGAACGCAGUGCCCGGCGACAUGGAGCCCCUUUCUUCCCGGGCCACCCUCCGUUUGGUGUGCACAGCUCACUGUUCCUUGGAUCUCUUCCAUCGAUCUUCCCCAUUUGGAGCUCCCUGAACAUCUUGAGUUUCUCUGAGGUUCCUGAUGUCAUCAGCAGCAUAAGACAAGUCUCUAAAGCAGCACUGAAAGAAGAUGCCAAACCAAGUAAGGAGAGUGAAGAUGCCUUCUAUGACUCUCAAAAAUUUGAGGUCUUGUACUGUGGGAAGGUGACAGUGGCUCACAAGAAAGCUCCCUCCACACUGAUUGACGACUGCAUAGAGAAAUUCAGCCUUCAUGAGCGGCAGCGCCUGAAACUGUUAAACGAGCAGCGCAAUAACGAGUCGAGUUUGGACCUGCCCCUGUGUGAGGAAAAUGUGCCAGCUUCUCCUCUGGACAGCCCUUUUGAGGAGCUGGACAGCCCCAACAGCACCCCAACAGCAGGGCGUGCUGCAAUGUUUACAAUUGGCAGCCAGACCAACCUGACCAACCUGGCCAGCACUCGUGGCUUCUUUCCAGAGAGGAUUUUGGAGGACUCUGGCUUCGAUGAGCAGCAGGAGUUCCGCUCCCGCUGCAGCAGUGUCACUGCAGUGAUGCAGAGGAGGGUUCACGACACAAACCUGAAAGCACAGUCCCGCAGGAGGCACGCCAGUGCUCCCAGUCACGUCCAGCCCUCUGACUCUGAGAAGAACAGGACAAUGUUGUUCCAGGUUGGAAGGUUUGAAGUUAACCUCAUCAGCCCAGAUACCAAAUCUGUUGUGUUCGAAAAGAAUUUUAAAGAUAUCUCCUCAUGUUCUCAGGGUAUAAAACACGUUGAUCACUUUGGUUUUAUUUGCCGAGAAUCUGUGGAAGGUGGGUUAAGCCAGUAUAUUUGCUAUGUGUUCCAGUGUGCAAGUGAGUCUCUGGUUGAUGAGGUAAUGCUGACCCUGAAGCAAGCCUUCAGCACUGCUGCAGCCCUGCAAAAUGCCAAGACACAGAUCAAACUGUGUGAGGCCUGCCCUAUGCAUUCAUUGCACAAACUCUGUGAAAGAAUUGAAGGACUCUAUCCACCAAGAGCCAAACUUGUAAUUCAGAGACAUCUGUCAUCGCUGACUGACAAUGAGCAAGCAGACAUUUUUGAACGUGUUCAGAAAAUGAAGCCUGAAAAUGACCAGGAAGAAAAUGAACUUGUGAUCUUACACCUCCGUCAGCUCUGUGAGACUAAGCAGAAAACACACAUCCACAUUGGUGAAGCACCAUCGGUCAUUUCUAACAGUGCAAUUCCAGAAGGCACCACCAGUGGUGGCCGGUUUAAACUUGACAUUCUGAAAAACAAGGCAAAGAAAUCCUUGACUAGCUCUCUGGAAAAUAUCUUCUCAAGGGGAGCCAACAGGAUGCGAGGCCGCCUGGGAAGCGUGGACAGCUUUGAGCGCUGCAGCAGCCUGGCUCCUGACAGAGACACUUCUCCGGGCGAUUCCCCGCCAGCAACUCCUCCAGCGUCCCCCGUGUCCUCGGCCUGGCAGACGUUUCCCGAGGAGGGCUCGGACUCGCCUCAGUUCAGGAGGCGCGCACACACCUUCAGCCACCCGCCCAGCAGCGCCCGACGCAGGAUCACCUUCCAGAACGGCAGGUCCCAGAGCGCCCGCUCCCCGCUGCUGCGGCAGAACGGCCUGGAGGCGGCCAGUGAUGGGGAGGGAAAGAAAAGAACAUCAACCUUCUGCAGCAGUGAAUCUCUAAAUGCUGCGGGGGCCACGCUCACACCUCGCCGCAUCUCCUGGCGGCGGAGAAUAUUCCUGCAGGUAGCUUCACCUAUGAAUAAAUCUCCUUCCAAGAUGCAGCAUCCAGAUGGUCAUGAUGGAAGUGAAUUGUUACCUUUAUCCCCUCUUGCUCCACCCCUGGAGGAAGACCCUCUUGUUCUAGUAUUGCAAAAUGAGGAUGGUCCAGAUAAAACUGGAGAGAGGAAAAACUCAGAAGAACUACAAAGUCUUUGGAGAAAAGCGAUCCAUCAACAAAUUCUGUUACUUCGAAUGGAAAAAGAAAACCAGAAGCUGGAAGGUUAG